CUCUUUCAGCUAGCCCCAUUUUGUAUCGGACGCACCGCCCGGGUGACAUGGGCUACAUCAUUUACCGCCACGGCCUCAUCUACGCUGAAGAAUACAAAUGGGACGAACACUUUGAAGCCAUGGUUGCCAACAUUGCCGCCGGCUUUAUACAAAACUAUGAUCCUGCUCUCGAACGGUGCUGGAUUGCGGAACGAGACGGCGCCUUCAUGGGGUGCAUCUGCAUCGUUAAAGAUACAAAACGAGAUAACGCGGCACGAAUUAGAAUGCUCUUUGUUGAACCUGCUGCGAGGGGAUUAGGACUAGGGAAGAAGCUUGUGCAGCUCUGUUUAGAUUUUGCGCGAGAGAAGGGGUAUGCAGAGAUUGUGCUUUCGACGCAGAGCAUUCUGGUGCCUGCGAGGACGUUGUAUCAGAAGGCGGGUUUUACGUUUGUCGGGGAAGAGGAUGGUGGUUAUACGCCGUGGAAUUCGAAGGCGGAGUGUUGGGAGAUGAAGCUGUAGGUUUUGGAUACUGGAUGAAGCGAUAAAUUCUGGUUGUGGAAAUGAGUUAGCAAGUUUGAUGGCGUUGCUCCACCGGCUGAAAGAAUAACGGCAAGUUGCUGUGGGAGGCCAAUGGCCCAUGCAUUUGGCUGUCUAUAAACUCGCAGCACCAAUCGUUUGGUGUUAGCAUCCAAAGACCCCAUCAGUUGUGGCGGUCUAUUGCGCAACGUGUUACCUAUAUAGUAGGCCGAAAAUUCUGUCCGGUUUGGCUGUAUUGGAUAUCUCCGUGCGGCACCAUUCUGUGACAUGGAGUAUUUUUAUUUUUGUUUGGCCAUUUAGAGCUAUAGUCUCACAAUCAUUCCC